GUUGGAGGGGAGUAGUGGAUGAAAGGAAGAGAGGGGGGACUAUCCUGUAACAGAGAAAGCUUGACUUUCCAAGAGCCGAUCGAAAGAGAAAGAAAAUGGAGAGGGAGAGACACGAGAGAGAGAGAGAGAGAGGCGAAUUACGCGACACGGAUCAAAACAAAAUGGCUCCUAUAUGUCUUCGAUGGAUCGAACAGUCGUUGUAACGAGGAAAAUAUAGUUGAGAAUCUCUCAUCGUCUCUCGAUCGCAACGAUGGAGAGUAGCUGCGUUCCCGGUAUGCCUCCGGAGACACGUUACCGUGAGCAAGUUUGCCGGUGUUAUUGGUGGGAAGAGAAAGAAAGAUAGAGAUAGAGUAGUGGGGAAUACGGCUGUUAUCUAAAUUACUCUAUUUUCUCGAGGGACGCUUGUGAUGGAUUUUUUUUCGAUCGUCUGGAACGUCGGUAUCGAAUCAAGUUCUGUUCCUCUCCGUUGAUGUUGGUGUGCCUGCCAUCUCGGUCGAUCUCGAGGAAAUAAGUGUCCGAUCCAGGGCACCGAGCUGCACCAAAUACGAGUCAUAUUUAAUUUCAAGAUAUCCAUCUUUCCAUUAGGACAACGAUAGACCUGGGUGGUUGAAAGGUGCACAGGACACGAGGACACAGGGGACACAGCGGUCGAACUAGAAGGAAACAGAAAAGGGAUCGUUAAGAAGGAAGCCUGCCAAGGUGAACAAUCAACGUUUUGACUUUCAAUUUUAAACGAAAGCACAAUCUGGCGUUACGUGGGAUCUUGGUUGUUCCGGUGUGUACACAGAGAAGGAGAGACUGCAAAGCUUUUGACGUGUCGGACGGUGAAUUAUCCGACACACGGGUAAAUAACCGAGAAUCGUCUGCUAACUCAAUUUACUGGUCCCCUGUCAAAUCCAAUUAACGGCCAGCUACCGGGCUUCCCGGGAUAAUCGGCCGCUCCCCGCAAUUUCAUUCCACGCGUUUCCCCGUCAAACCUUUUCAUUUCGAUUCCUGCGCAACUUUCGGCAAUAUUAUCUUAGAUCUGAAUGUUGCCAUAAAAAGAAAUUAAAUAGCUGUAGCGAUAAUAUAAUGGUAUUCGUGUUUGAAAGAGGUCGUUAAAAUAAGUUCGCGGGACGUAGAAACAUUCAUUCGGUUCGGGGAAAUGUAGAUAAGGCGGUCGCGAUAAACGUUACAGUUACGACAGAAGGUUUCUGUCGCCCUCCGCUAAAUGUCACGUUUCUACGUACAGGUAGAACGAUAAACACACGGGAAUAGUACUCAUUGCCGAGCGUUAUGUCUCUUAUCGCUGGUCGUGCCGCGAAAAAUGAACUAUUCUCAACUAUUUCUCCCUAGUUGGUGCUUCGUUCCUCCUCCUCCUCCUCCUCCUUCUUUCUCAUUCGACUUUUUAUCAAAUAUUUCUCCACGUGCCUUCUGCAACCCCUUACGGAUUUUCUCGGUAUACAUAGAUUAGUUACACGAUGUGAUUUAUAAUUAGUCGCAAAGUAUCUACUUUGAAAAAGAAAAGCGCCCGUGUCAGAGGUCAUUCUUCGUAGACGCUCGUGUCGAUCGAUUCUUUUUUAUCCAAUUGUCAACAAAAACUGUUUAUUCCUAAUCACGAUCCUGUUUCCAGUUUGUUUGAUACGUCGCCGGUCGCUCGUGCGCCGCUGAAAAAUCGAUUUUAAUUAAAAUGCAAUUUAUUAGAGUAGCCCGCGAAAAGAGCGAAACCGCGCGCGCGGUCGCCGAGCGCGCUAUGCAAUUAUUUAAAUUAGCGACCAGAGUUAUUUUUCGAAUCAAUAUUUCCCACUGUGCACUGCAACUCGUUGAUUUCGCGAAUCUACUCUCGAACACCAAUCGCGAUUCUAUACGAUUGCUCUUCAUCGUGGAACGUUACAGAUUUACGUCUUUGUGCAACGCAGUCAUUUAAAUGUUUUGUCAAUAUACAUAUCAUGAUAUUGCAUAUUGCAAACGAUAAGUUUAUAAUGCAUGCACGUGUGAUUGAAAUUAAUUAAGUUACGUGAUAAUGAUAAUUGGAAUGAAUUUAUCUCCUUUCUGUGUCACGAUUUUGGACACACAUAUAGUAUGAUAUUUGUGUGAUUUCUUUGUAGAAUAAUUAGUUUAACAAACUAAAAAUAAUGUAAAAGUUUUUUAAAUGUUCUACCAACGCGCGCUUUAGAAACAGCACUACCAUUGCCAUCUAGUGAAUGUGAAACACUUUGCACUGCAACUGCAACAGUCUAGCACAUGUUGACGAUAAUUCAGUCUUGUGCUGCUUUUGACUGAUUUAAAAAAAAAAAACAAAAAAAAAUUGUAUCAAUGGGGAUCAAAAUUAUGUCUUUUCAGUCGUCAGUGCGAGGUGUGAUAAAAGAGGGAUUGAUAAAACAUACGAUUAUCAUAACGGCUGUGCUCUCUGGUGAGCGCGAGAUGUACCUACUUACAUAUACCGCAGUUCACCAGAGUCCAUAACUGCGACGCGCAGGUUGGAAGAUGGUGGGGGAACGCAGCGAGCUCUCUGCUAAUCGCUUUCCACUUCCUUUAGGAGUAUCGCCAAUCAGGGCGAAGAUGCGCACUGGAGAAGCGCGAAGAACGAAAACUGGUCUUUUCGCAGUUAUGGACUCUGGUGAACUGCGGUAUAUAUAUAUAUAUAUGCAGGCACUGCUAAAUGCACGUGGUUUAUUGUAGUCAAAUUUGAAUAGGUUAAGUAACAUGUAUUCGCAGGAAGAUAUAAAGAGAGAUUUAAAUAAAUUGCUAGAACUAAAACGUUGUGGGGAGUUAGAUACCGAAGAGGAGCUUUCAAGAUCAAAUAAUGAAUUUUGGCGAAAUUCUAUUACCUACAAUAAUUUGGAAUCCUAUUUACACAAUGACGAUGAACAAAUUAAACUGAAUACUCUUGCUCUGAUAGUGGAAUCAAAAAAGAGUACCCUGAAAUUCACUCCUAAAGAGCAUGACAUAAUUAUUUUAUUCUUACGAAUUAAUUUCAAAGAGAAAUUAGAAUUUGUCCCUUUAAUUAAAAAGGCACUAAAACGUAUGAAGGAGAGUUUUGCUGUUAUGCAAAGACAAUGUGCUCAAGAAGAGAAGAUGAGAUAUCAUUACCAAAAAAAUUGCAGCUCAAUAGAAAUGAAUCAAGAAGUAUUAGAUAAAUCAUAUAGAAUAUCUUUUGGUCUCAAAAAAGAUAUAGACACAUACUGUGAUGCAUUUAGGUCUUUACGUAACAUGUGUAUAUGUAGCCCUGAUGCUACAUACUCUAGAAGAAAAUCUAGCUUACAAAUAUUACUUUUAAUGAAAGAUUUCUUAGAUAAUGAAUUCAAACAUAUUGCUUGGGAGGUUGAACAAAUGGAAGCAUUAUUUCAGCUGAUGUUACUGGAUACGUAUGAAAGCAACAAAGAAAUGGCUUUCAAAUUGAUAAAGUCUGUAAAUCCAAGUUUGUUACAAUUAGAUAAUGAACAAGUUGUUUAUGAUAUUAUUACAGUUGCUGUUGACUUAGGUAACAGUAUCAGACCUAUUGACAGUAUUACAGCUGCAUAUAUGUUAAAGCUCAGUGCAUUGUCACCAAUUGUACAAUCUGUCCUUGAAACGCGAUUUAGUUCAACAAAAUCAUUAGAUGAAAAUACAAUAGAAACCAUAAUAUUGCAGCUAAUAUUAAUUUUGUUUAAAAAACUAAAGCAAUCACUGAUUCUUGCAAAAGAGAAUAUAGUAACGACAGUUACGAGACAUUCUCUGUAUGGAUAUCUUUUCUGUAUCAGAAGCUUGUUAGAAGAAUGUGAUUUUGAACAAAUCGCGAAAACACAGUUAUGGCAAGACGCUACAGCGGAACUUGUGUCUGUAUGUUUGGAAUUAAGUUGCGCCGUUUCCGUAAUAGUAAAUAAUUCCUCACCCGAAGGACACUUACCAAUGGAUUUAAGUUUGCAAACUAUCAAUAAUAUACAUAAUUCAUCAUUUGAGAAACAGAUGGUAACUCCACAGAUGGUAUUGCUUUGUUCUUGGCGUACUGUGAAGGAAGUUAGUUUAAUGUUCGGCUUGCUUGCUAUUAAAGCACCGAUAUGCGAAAAAAAUUCUCCCAUAGGACUUUUAAACAAAGAACAAAUCAUUGAAAUAGGAGAACAUUUGGUUACAUUACUUACUGAAACAAAGCAUAGAGGGGCAUUUGAACAAGCACAUGUAGGUUUCAAUCAGUUAUGUACUCGUCUUUGGCGUUCGAAUAUAGCACAUUUUAAUCAAUUACCUAAAAUAUGGUUACAUCAAAUUUUGAUUGCUAUCACAGGAAUUAAGGAAGAGAAUUCUAAAUUAUGCGCAACUAGAAGAAGUGCCGGUGUACCUUUCAUGAUACAGGCUUUAUUAUCCACGGAGCCUCGUCAAUACAAGGAUACGAAAACUACAAUCUUCCAUUCUGUGAUGACAAUUUUGUUAGAAUUUACACAAUUGGAAAAUGUGAACCUAUGGGACAAAGUAAAACGUUUGAUAUACAGAAACUCCGUGUUUUCAGAAUAUGAAAACUCUCUUGAAUCCGUCGAUGGAUGUUGUAUAAACGAGAAUAAAACUCAAGUAACAGAAAUCAGAACUCAUGCUCUGAACAUUUUAAGAGCAGUUUUCAGAAAUUCCCGUCUUGGGGAAGUAGUGAACGACUAUGUAGAGGAUGGUUUAAUAGCAGCAAUUAAGAGCUAUGAUGCCUUAACGUGGGCGGAAAGAAACGCAGCGACUUUACUCUUCAGUGCGCUUAUCAUUCGAAUUUUCGGUGUUCAGAGAACGAAAGAUCAUAUUAAUCUUACUACAGAUAAUAAAAUGAAUUUUAUUUUAUUUUUCGAAAAAUACCCCAAUCUAUUGCCUUUUAUUUUAGACGAAUUACAAACUUUCGUGGCGAUGAAUGAUAAUCUUAUAAAAUCGAACGUCCAAUCGAUUUUAUUGCUGUUGUCACGAUUGUAUCAUAGACACAAUUCUGAACAUGCUACCAUUCAAAAUAAGAUCGAUGAUCUUGUUACUUUAGUUGUACAAUGUGCAAAGAGUACAAUAUUUGAAACGCGUAAAUUAGCGGCUAGAGCACUAGUAUCUGUAUUGACAGAACGGUCUGUAGGAGAUGUUUUAAUGAGAAUAAUUGAAAGUGUAAUAUACAUUGGAAACGAUAAUUUAUCUUUAAAUUUAAUACACGGUUACACGUUACAGAUAUUUGAGAUACUAAAACAUUUUGGUUUUAAACAAUUUCAAUCGUUUGAUAAACACUGGAAUAGGUUUCUGGAAAAAACAGGUUGGAUCUUAGAAAACUUGGAACGCCAAAACUUAAAUCCUCCGUGUUUUUUGCUGGCCACGGUUUACGUGAAUAUAUGUAGUGAGAUGUACAAAGCGGAUGAAACGUAUUUUGUAGAAAAUAUUCCAAUGUUACGUACGCUUGUUUUGCACCUGUUACAACCAACAUUGAAACAAGGACCAGCACGAGAACUUUAUCAGAUAUCCAUAAUUAAGUUAAUUCGAGGUGUAGCGGAAAGAAAUCGAUUAAUUCCGCAGAACCUAUUAACUGCGAUAUACAUUAAUAGUUUGAAAAUGCCAGAAACACAAAUUGUUGCAUGGUCUACUGUUACAAAAAUUAUUAGUGAGAUGCAACAGGAUACCAUGUCGAUGGAAUUAUUAUAUUAUGGUAUUGAUGAAAUCCGUAAUUCCGUACAAAAUCUCCAUAGAUACAGUCCAGAAUUACAAGAUGCACUGUUCGAUUUCAUGUAUAGUAGCUUAACGUACCUGAAUAAAUUUGAAUUAUCGUCUAUUCAAAAAAUGGAUAUUUGUAAAUUUGUUUUGAACGAAGUACGAGUAAAUAAAAAGAAGAAUACGUAUUGCGAAAGAGAUUGUUAUUUAAGAUUACUUGGAAAAUCAUACGUAAUUUUGGUCAUUGCAAAUGGAAACAAAGUAGUAUUUGACUUGGAAUGCACCAAUGAUGUAUAUAAUAAUUUUUGUGAUCAUUUGUGGAUCACAUCCUUAAACACUGAUUUCAGAAGAUCUGUUUUCAAUAUAAUGCAUGAUCUUUUCUUAAUAUGUACAGGAUUCGACGAGUAUCGAUAUGUACAGGUUCAGUGGUGGACAACAGUGUUCCAAUUGUUGCUGGACAACAAUUCAGAAGUACGACACGAAGCGUCUAUGUUAAUCGAUACCAUUCCAAUAGAUUGUACAAAACAUACUAAUAUGACAUGCACGGAUCUACUUCUUUCUAAAUUCUAUAAAACUAUGCAUAAUAACAAUCCUGAAUUAAUUUGUCCCGUGUUAUUUUAUUGGAGUAUUGCACUAAUAGAUGAUUCAGACUAUGAAAUGGACGAGACAGACGUUUUCAAUAAAUGCACAAACUACGAUUUCUUCGAACCUUUGGAAAUAUCAAAAAUUUGUGUCGAGUUCUUAAUAAGAAACAUGAAAAGCUAUUUGGACAACGUGUUGCCUGAUGAUGUUAUAGACUGGGUAAACUCACGGCUAGAUAUCAUAUUUCAAAAAUCAAUUACCUUUAGGAUGCUCGUAACAAAUUAUGAAAGUUACAUACCUACAUUCGAAAACAAGUUACAUGAUAUUUUAGAUCCAACAUACAAAAAUAAAUUGUUACAAGUUUUAGCGUAUAGACAGUAUAAAGAAAUAUUGUAAAAAUAUUUUUACAAUAUUUAUGUAGAAUAUAUUAUAAACAUUUUAUA